UUACCUGUAACCAUGUUUCUUUGAGUGUACUCUGUGAAUUCACACAUGCCCGCCCUUCCUUCCCCACUGGCAAACCUCUCCCUUUCUCGUUGCCUUGGCGGCGCAGGAACUGGAGAACGGUCGCCCAGGGCUGCCUUUUAUGCCCUCCAGGGAGAGGGACGUGGCUACCACCAAAAUUUCAAACUUUAGCUUGGAAGAGUUUUCCGUUGGAGCCCGUGCAAGCGCAGUCUCUCCAUUAGUGUGAAUUCACAGAGUACACUCGAAGAAACAUGGUUACAGGUAAGCAACCUGUCCUUAUCUUAUCUUUCCAUAAGUAGCUAUGCCACCCUCUUCUCAAAUCCUCACCCUCUAAUAUCAGAAUUUUUUUCUUUUCUAGUGUGGCCCAGUCCCUCACCCAGGUCAAUGCAGCUGCUUCAUAGUACAGUUCCAGGUCUGGAAGACCUAGUCCGCCUCUUUUUCUAUCAUCUUUUAAGCUUGAGAUCUUUAUUCUAGCUUUUUUAUUGUUCCAAACAAACCUCUUAAUAUCCUUCUCCCACAUUGUGAAGAUCUUCCUUGUUCUUAUUAUUGGUAUUGUUUGAAACAAAUACAGAAUUUCUGUGAGGAUAUUCAUCUUAACAACCGCUAUUCUUCCCAAAAGAGACAGGUUUAGAUUAUUCCAUCUUUUCAUUUUGUCUUUUAUUCCUAUCCAUUUUUUUUCAUAGUUAUUUUUUAGUUACUUGUGGUAAUCUCUACUCCUAAAUAUUUUAGUUUUCUAACAAUUUUUACUCCCAUCUGUUUUUCUAGUUCGUCUUUCUUCUUCGCUGAGAUGUUUUUGGUUAGCAUAUUCGUCUUUUCUUUAUUGAUUUUAAAUCCUGCUACCUCUCCAAAUGUUGUUAAUUCUUUACACCAUUUAGACCAUUGGUUUACUGGGUCUUUGAUAAUACAGGCCAUAUCAUCCACGAAAGUGCAGAAUUUGUGGUUAUUAUUUUUUAUUUUCAAACCUUUUAACUCACUGUUUUUUCUUAUUCUUGUUAAUAGGAUGUCCAAAAUCAUUAUAAAAAUUAACCGGGAUAGAGGACAUCCCUGCCUCGUCCCUUUGUAUAUUCUAAAUUCUUUUGUUUUAUGCCUGUUAACUAUAAUACUUGCAAAUUGUUCUGAGUAAAUUGAUUUAAUUGCGUUAAGAAAAUAAUAGCCGACGUCCAUUUCCUUUAGAACUUCUAUAAUAAAGUUCCAGUUGACCUUAUCAAAGGCCUUCUCAGCAUCCAGGAAUAGAAGACUUACCUCCUUUUGUAUAUUUUUAUCGUAAUGUUCAAUUAUAUUGAGGAUAGUCCUGAUAUUAUCUUUAAUCUGUCUCCCCGGGAGGAAACCCAUUUGUUCCUGGCCUAUUCUCUCAUUAAGUAUUUAUUUUAUCCUUGAUGCUAGGAUGUUGGUGAAAAUUUUAUAAUCGGUGUUGAGCAAGGAAAGUUAGUCUGUAUAGUUGAAGCCAGAUUGUGAAUUAUGUCUAAACAGGGCCCUUUUUCAUACAUGACCGAGAAAAUGGGACAUGCCUGCUAAGCAUGGUCCUCAAUACAUGAUGGUAGAUGCAAGGGCAGGUCCGCUUUUUAAUCAGUAUGAAAACUGUAUUGAACCACUACAUGCUUAAAAUCCUAAUUAAUGUUAAUUUGUCUAAAUCAAGUAUUUAUUGUUAAAUUAUCCAAUUAUAAACUAUAUGAUUACUUAAUGUUAAUACUUAUCAAUUUAUUAAUCAUUAUUAGUUCAUCCCAAAUAAUUGUUUCUUUACAUUUCUUAAAUCGUUCAUGCCAAUGACUCUUUAUACAUUGUAUCGAUUAGAAAUUCAUUAAAGAUUUAAGUAACAGACACAGUGGUGUUUUACUCUGUGUGAUUAAAUGUUGUUUCACAGAUCCAGAGAGGAAUUGGUAUUACACCUUAUUUUGAUGACUUAACGGAGUCUUCAGAUGCAGCUACAGAGGAUAAUGUAUUGUCUGUCACAAAAGAAGCUGUGAUGUUGGUGGAACAACUUAAGUUGGAUAAUAAAGAUUCUGUAAGCAUCCUAAAACUUCAAAAUAUUUUCCGUCAAUAUGAACGCUUAAUUGAAUGUGAAAAGAGACGCUAUAUUCAUAUCUUUGAGAAAGUUAAAAAACUUGAGAAUGAGAAAAAAGAGCAGGAGCAAAUACUGGAAGAAAUGAGAAACAUGAAAUCUGUGCUGAAUCAACAACAACUAAAAUGGGAAAGUGAUAUCAGCAACCUCAAGUUGUCUUUGAAACAAGAGAAGGAAAAGAGAAUGAUUGCUGAAAUAUUGUAUGAAAAAAUCCACGGACAGUCAAGGAAAAAAGAGGAGCAAUACUGUAAACAAAUGGAGGAAAAACAACAACUUGAGUUAAUGCUGAGAAGUUCUGAAAUGGAGCUGAAAACACUGAAAGAUCACCUGAAACAGUUGGAGAAUGAAAGGAAAAAGGUGAAGAAGAUAGUAGAGUUAAAACAUUCAGUGGAUAUACGACUAGAUCAAGAAAUGAAGAGAAACAAUGAAUUACAAAAAGAAUGCCUUGGGACUAGAAAAUUUCUGAAAAUAGCGAAAAAUAAACUAAAGGAGUAUGACAAUAGAGAGAGGUCAUCUAAGUGUAACUUCCAUUCAGAUAUUGACAUAGAAGUUGAAAAGUUGAAAACAAAGGUAGAUGAACUUUCUCACAACUUGGAAUUUGAAUCAAAAAGAUGCACUCAGUUGGAAUCUAGAAAUCAUGAAUUACAUGAGCACUUGUCUUCUAUGAAGAUACUUCAUAAAAAUUAUGAGAAAUUGGAGAAAAGCAAUCAGCAGCUAGAAGAACAAGUUGCUUAUCUCAAACACCACAUACAGGUUAGUGCGAUAGACUACAACAAAAUGGAACAAUACAAGAAAGACAUUGAAGAGCGAGCUAGACAAGAUGUAAGGCAAAAACUGGAAGAAGUCAAUUUGUUUUUGCAGACACAGGCAGCCUCACAAGAAACCUUGGAACAAAUACAAGCCACCAAUUAUUCUUCCUUGAAAAAUCAGCUGGAAAACAGAUUUAGAGAUUUAGAGUCUGAGCUGACAAAACUUAAAAACAAUCAGCAAGACAAUGAGUUACAGAAACACAAACUGGAAAGAUAUAAGGAGCUAUACUCAGAAGAACUAAAAAUGAGAAAGUAUUUAAAAAGCAAAUUGGACCGCUGCAAGAAUGAUUUUUGCUAAGUAUUGGAAAAAUGAGGAACAAAGAUAGUUGGUUGAACAAACUAAGAGAAAUAUGGGACAUGGAUAAACUUACCUUUCUUUUGAAAGCGACAAGAGGAAAAAAUGUUAGAGACACGAAUUGGAAAAAAAUUGAAGAAUACUUUAAUAAAUACUAAAUAUUGUAUAGUAGAUAGAGAACCUGUAAAAAGAAAGAAGUUUUUUAUACAGUGAUUUAUUGUAAAAGUUUUGGUAGGGAAGUGUACUUUCCGUGUGAAGAAGUUUCCUGUUAUUCUUAUACAACUUUAUGUAAAUCUAUAUACCCCCUUUCCCCCCCCUGUCCCUUAAUUCUAUCCUUCCCCCUUUGCCCUUCUGUAACCCCUAGUUUUUAGUUUUAUACUGUUCCCCAAUACCCCUACCCCUUUUUCCUUAGCCCCUUUUCCCUCACUCUCCCCCGAUUUUAUAUGCGUGCACUGUAUAUGAAAAAUACUUAA